CGCCCGUGACGUCACGCGCGCGGAGCUGUGACGUCAGGCGGCGGAGGCGCGAUGCGCGCGCUGUCCCUCAGCCGGUGGCUCCGCGCCGGGCGGGUCCCUCUGUGGGGCCCGGGGAGCCGGAACAGCGGGCACAUCGGGCACCGGGGGCACAGCGGGCACACCGAGCACAGCGGGCUCAGCGGGCACACCGAGCACAGCGGGCAGCGGCCGCAGGGACCGCCUCAGCAGCAGGUGUCGGUGGAAGUGCUGGAGCACUUGGAGCAGCUGGCGCUGGUGGAUUUCCGGGACGCGGAGGGCGUGCAGCGGCUGCAGAAGGCGAUCCAGUUUGCGGAUCAGCUUCAUGAAGUGAACACCGAGGGCGUGGAGCCGAUGGAUUCAGUGCUGGAGGACAGGUGUCUGUACCUCAGAGAAGAUGAUGUGACAGAAGGCAACUGCACCAAAGAGCUGCUGGAAAACGCCAGAGAGAAAGUAGAGGAGUAUUUUGUAGCUCCACCAGGCAACAUCCCUUUACCAAAGCUGGAAGAACGAGAGGCUUUUCUGCAGGGCUCUAAAUGACAGCCCAGAGCCCAAAUGCCCUUUCAGUAUUUUAUUUGGGGAAAACAAAGUUUUGUGCAGUCACAGCUGAAACACCCUGGCACCUAUUUUGGUCAAAAGAAGAGCACUUGCAAGACAGAAGAAAGAAGUUGUGAAAGUUUAGAAGUGCUGCUAAAAUAUUUAAUGUCUCUGAAGCUGGAUGGCAGCACAGCAGGUCACCUUGGUGCUUUUAUUUGGCAAAGUGAAUUUGCUGUCUGGAGGUAAGAGCAAACCCUCGUCCCACUAUUAAUUGUGCAAUUACUUCAUUAUUUGUUUAAGCAUCUAUAAAUACUCACAUAGAUGCAUAAAAGAUGUAAUUACUAUGAUACUUGAAUUAUUUCAAGUGUAUUGAAAUAAAGCCUGUAUUUAACA